AUGAAAAAUGCUCACGCCAUAGCGGUUGGUCCAAUGGAUAAGCGUACGAUGCCAUAUAGAUCUACGUCACAUUCAGCCACGGAUCCAAUUCAGUACCGCUGCCAUUGCUGUGGUGAUAUGUACUCACUGGUUCGAUGCCCUACAUUCCAGCAAAUGUCGGUUGAAGAGAGAUUAAGAAUGGUCAACACAAAACGAUUAUGCAGCAACUGUUUCCGCUCUGAACAUUGGGUGAGAAAUUGUUCAUCAACCUACACAUGCAGAACCUGCGGAAAGAAGCAUCACACCAUGAUUCAUCCUGGAUUCACUGCAGCAGGCAGCGUUGCACAUGCGGUAACCUUUGAAGAAGGAUCACUUAACUCUGGAAGGCACAAUGGCGAAGAGGAUGAUGCAGUUGUAGUAAAUUCGUCAAGCGUCAGUCGUUCUCCAAAGAACACUCAAGUGUUGUUGUCGACGGUAAUAGUAGCGAUACCUGAUCCCACAGGAAAACCGGUACUCGUUAGAGCUCUUCUCGACAGUAGAUCACAGAUCAACAUUUGUAGUGAGAGAUUAUGCCAAAUUCUUAAGAUGAAGCGUAGGGUGAUAAACGUUCCUAUAUCGGGUGUUGGACAAUCUGUUGCACAGGCAAGGUACUCUGUUAAUGCUGUAGUCACUUCCCGAGUUUCCAACUACUCGCGAUCCAUGAGUUUUGUGGUUCUUCCAUCUGUAACGAGAAAUUUACCAAUAACAAACGUCGAAACAAAUAAUUGGAAUAUUUCCGGAAAGCUGCAACUUGCCGACCCAACGUUUCACAAGUCUGGUAGAAUAGAUAUGCUACUUGGGGCUGAAUGGUUUUACGAGUUUCUUGUAACAAGUGAAAGGGCCAAAAUUGAACUUGGACCCAACUUACCAAUUUUAAUUAACACGGUUUUUGGAUGGAUUGUUUCGGGCAGAGCAACAGCAGGAGGAGAAAACACAGUACUGUGUCACGUAUUAUCUGAGGAGAACACGUUGGAAUUGCUAGAAAAAUUUUGGCAAGUAGAAGACCUAUCAGAUCAACCAGCGUGGACAAAAGAGGAAACAGAUAGCGAUGAAUAUUUCAUACGAACCUUUGCGCGUUCAUCCGAAGGACGCUAUGUAGUCAAAUUGCCAAAACGAGUAAAUUUCGAGAACAUGUUGGGAGACACUGCAUUUUUGGCAUUCAACCGGUUUCAACAUUUGGAAAGGCGCCUUUCACGGGACGCCAAAUUAAAGGAACAGUAUGUAAAUUUCAUGCAGGAAUAUUUGGAAUUGGGUCACAUGAGAAAGGUCGCGGAAAUUAAUUCGGUUUCUGAGCUGAACGAAAGGCAGAUAGAAGGAUGCUUUUUGCCACAUCAUCCGGUUAUUAAAGAUUCGAGCACUACCACAAAGGUUCGGGUGGUGUUUGAUGGAUCAGCAAGGACCUCAUCGGGAUAUUCGUUAAAUGAUGCUUUGGCUAAGGGUCCAGUUAUACAGGAGGAGCUCCUUACACUGCUGAUUCGGUUUCGAAAUCAUCAGGUUGGACUAGUGGCUGACGUCGAAAAGAUGUAUCGACAGGUGGUGGUUCAUCCAGAGGAUACGAAAUAUCAGCGAAUAUUCUGGAGAUUCGCCCCGAAUGAACCUGUAGGAAUUUACGAGCUGCAAACAGUAACGUAUGGGCUUACACCAUCCUCAUUUCUCGCCACACGCGCAUUGCAGCAGCUAGCAGAGGAUGAAAAGCAAGAUUAUCCAUUGGAAGGAGACAUUGUAAAAAAGGACUUUUAUGUUGAUGACUAUAUCGGUGGUGAAUCUAACGUUCAAAGGGCGAUUCAAGUGAGGAAGGAAUUGGAACAAAUUAUGGACAAGGGAGGUUUUAAACUUCGCAAAUGGUGCUCAAACGCUCCUGAAGUACUUGCUGACAUUCCUGCUUGUGAUCUCGGAACCCAGCUGACAAUCGAUUUUAAACUGGAGUCCGGCGAACAUGUCAAGACACUGGGAAUUACUUGGGAACCAGCAACGGACAAACUCAGGUUCAACUUCUCCACGUCAAACAGUCAAGCAUCUUGGUCUAAACGCAAAAUUCUCUCAGCCAUCGCUAGCCUAUUCGACCCCCUGGGAAUAGCGGCACCGGCGAAAAUAUUCAUGCAAGAGUUAGCCAUGCUUCAAGUAAAGUGGGAUGAGCCCCUCCCACAACAUAUCGAAAGGCAAUGGAACGAAUUUUACUGCAAGCUUAAUUUGUUGGGGAAAUUGCAAGUACCACGAUACGCCUUCGUUGAGGAAACGAUGAAAAGCGAAAUUCAUGUUUUUUCGGAUGCUUCAGAAAAGGCUUAUGGAGCAUGUUUAUAUAUUAAAAGUGAAAACCUUAAUAAGGAAGUAGGGGUGAGGUUGAUUGCAGCCAAAUCGCGGGUCGCACCUCUCAAGCGAUUGACCCUACCCAGAUUGGAACUUUGUGCCGCCCGAGAAGCAGCAAAAUUGUAUGCGAAAGUUACUAGGGCUCUUGAAAUGACCACAACUAGCGCUUUUUUUUGGUCUGAUUCUACAAUCGUACUCCAGUGGAUACAAUCCCCGCCAAAUACAUGGAAAACCUUUGUUGGAAAUCGGGUGUCUGAAAUUCAAACAUUCACUUUCGGACACAACUGGAAUCACGUGGCGGGAAAGGACAAUCCAGCUGAUCUUGUUUCAAGAGGGAUGAACGCAGAGCUGUUUUUAAAAAGCGACCUGUGGCAGCGAGGACCGGAGUGGAUUAGUAAAACAACAGAAGAAUGGCCAACAUAUGAUGGAAUCAGUGACCGUCGAAUUCCACAUGAAAUGCUAGAAGCCAGACAGCAGGUGCUAGCUCUGUCGGCUAUACCAGAUAUCAACCCGCUAUUUUCACGAUUUUCCAGUUUGCAAAAAUUACUAAGAACCGUUGCAUACUGUAUUCGCUUUGCACGAAAUUGUCGUUCGCGGACCAGUCGUAUAACUAAUGACUACCUAACCGUUGAUGAGCUUAGGUCUAGUAAAUUAGCUCUUACAAGAUUGGUACAGCAAGAGCAGUUUCUCGAGGACAUCAAAGAACUGCGCGCCUCACGUUUCGUUUCUUGUAAGUCUGCCAUCCGCUUGCUAAAAUCGUAUCUUGAUGAAGAUGGCAUCUUAAGAGUGGGCGGACGGUUGCAUAAUUCUGGCGAGUCGUACCAAACUAAACACCCAUCAAUCAUUCCGAAGUCACACCCUUUCACCAAACUAAUAAUUGAACACUAUCAUCGGUUGAGCAUCCACGGUGGUCGCCGGUUGACUUUGUCUCUCGUGCGACAGGAAUUCUGGCCACUUCAUGGAAAAAGAGCAAUAAAUUCAGUCCUAAGAAUUUGCCAUCGAUGCUGCCGAGCCAACCCUAUUCCGGUGCGACAACCUUUUGGACAACUGCCAUCUGCCCGGGUUUCCCCUAGUCGACCAUUUUCUAUUACUGGAGUGGACUAUUGUGGUCCUGUUUAUCUGAAGCCUCUACAUAGGAAGGCUGCUCCUGGAAAGGCAUACAUCGCUGUUUUUGUUUGCUUCAGCACAAAAGCAGUGCAUUUAGAGCUUGCCACUGAUCUGUCAACUCCUUAUUUUCUUUCCGCCCUCCGUCGGUUUGUGGGCCAUCAUGGAUUGCCUGCGGAAAUGCACUCAGAUAAUGGCAAGAAUUUCGCUGGAGCGAAAAACGAGUUGUACGAUCUGCAUCGCAUUCUUAACAGUCCUGCCAGUCAAAAGCAAAUUGCCACCGAAUGCGCGGCGCAAGGAAUUAAAUGGUUCUUUAUACCCCCGAAGGCUCCUAAUUUUGGCGGACUUUGGGAGUCUGCUGUUCGCUGCACUAAAUCUGCAAUAAAAAGAGAACUUGGAAUUCAUCGAUUAUCUUCAGAGGAUAUGCAAACACUUCUUGUGCAGAUAGCCGCUGCAAUGAACUCGCGGCCAUUAACUCCACUCACUGACGAUCCUGACUACAUAAACGUACUCACUCCAGCGCACUUUUUGAUUGGCACAAGCAUGAAAAUGCUACCAGAAGUGGAUUUGAGGAACGUCAACAUGAAUCGAUUGGACCACUAUAAACAAACGCAGUACAUUUUCCAAAGGUAUUGGCAGAGAUGGCGUAAGGAAUAUCUAGCCGAAUUACAAGCAUCCGAUCGAAGACAUCGAGCCACUGUGAUAAAACCUGGUUCUGUAGUAAUCCUUUGCGAUGAGUAUUCGCCACCUGUUCAGUGGCACCUUGCUAGAAUCAUUGAUGUGCAUCCAGGCCCCGAUGGAGUUGUUCGAGUGGUUACUUUGCGGACCUCAACUGGAACUUAUACCCGACCAGUAUCAAAAAUUUGCUUAUUACCGGAGGAUCAACGCGCUGAAACGUCGCAGUCGGACAACUGUUCCACUUCUGCAUAA